ACCGAACACAGCCCGUGACCCAAGCAUCACCCGCGUCGUGCCGCCAUUCUCUGGAUAUUUUGCGGGACUACACCCCUUUCUCUCUCGUCUUGGGUAGUAUUGCACUUCGUGUUAAUGCCCAGCAUGUCCAACAGCUUACCAGAAGAGGUCGUAACAUGCCUCCAGAAUGCCCGCUUUCUUCAUCUUGCAACAUGCUCGGAAAACAUUCCUCAUGUUUCCCUUAUGAACUACACAUAUCUACCUAACACGCCUUACUCUUCAAGUCCAAUCAUCAUCAUGACAACACCUGCAUCAUCCCGCAAGACUCAGAACCUGGAAUCGAACUCGCUUGUAUCUCUAUUGGUGCACGACUGGAUAUCCCAUCGGCCACCCACUCUAAGUCAGCCAGGUCGCUCUCCUUCGCCAACCCGCCCAGCACCCCGGUCUGGAUCACUAGCCGAGCUUCUUCUCGGCAUGAACACAGCCUCAUUGAGUCGAAUCAGCACUACCAUCAAUGGCCUUGCUCAGAUGGUUCCCUCUGGGUCGGAAGAAGAGACAUGGUACAAGGCUCAACACGUUGCAAACAACACUUUUAGCGAUGGUACAGAGGAUAUCUAUUCGACUUCGCCAGGCGGGGAGGGCCUGUGGGGUAGUAGCGGGCUAGGCAACGGAGCUGCAAGUGGAGACGCGCCAAGAGAGGGUAACGCAGGGGCCCGAUGCUAUCUGGACGGAGAAGAAGUCAGGGUUGUCAUUGUAAAGAUCCGCGACGGAAGAAUUGCAGAUUGGAAAGGCCAAGUGCGAGAUUGGAGAUUGUCAGAAGGCAUCCAAGGUGCUCUACCCAAUGGAACGGCAGAUUGAGUCCCUUAUUUCAUACUAGGCGAGCGGAUUUAUAUGUUAUGUAUUCAAAAGCUAAGUUAUCGUUUGUACGAAAGAAGCUGGACACUGGCACUAAAUACCCUUGUGGGACAUGCAUAUGCAAAGUCCCUGAAAAAUGUAGUUCCUUCACCCUGUACAUCCAAAAGUAUAGCAGAUCGACAGAGUCCGAUUCUUCUUACAUUCACAAAAUCAGACAGAUCGAACUUUCACGACCAAUGCCAUGUUUCCUCG